AUGGAUCGCAAGAGGCUUCUUGUAACUCCGGAAGAGCCUCGGGAGCUACUCCCCUCGGUCAGGGACACUAGGGAAUUGGAAGAAGAGAUUUUAGAGUGUGUAAAAGCUUUGCAACGACGGGAACAUGUAGAGUCUGAAUGUAUCGUUUCAUUGCUCAAUAGGUCGUUGACAGCUAUGGCUCAUUGGUCGUUACAGGCCCAGUUAUCACAGUUAUCGCAGACCACAGAUAGGGAAGUGGUUGAGACUAAAUUACUGCGUAAGGAGAAUGAGUUACUUAGGAAAAGAGAUACUCCUCUGCGAACACCUCCUUCACCUAGAGUGAAAAAGCGACUUGUGGAGAAUAAGAAACCACACCCUAGGAUGCGUAGAACCGGUGAUAAUCCUUCAAAGAACAGUUACGUUCGAGUUUUUCAUCUUCAACAAGAUUGA